GAAAUUAAUAUGCAUUUAUCCAAUUCAUCUAACAAAGUCCACCCCCAAAGCCAUAGAGUAAUGUAUAUAUAUGGAAAAUUCCAUGCCGACAUGAUCUUUGCUGAGCUCUGUGACCCAGGCAGAGUUGGCAUCAUGAAUUCAAUCCAUCAAAAUAAAAAAUAAAUAAAAAAAUCCCAUCUUUAAUUUGUAAAAACCCAAGUGGAUUCAGCCACGCCCACAUGGACUGAUGCCCCACAUCUGCUUUAGUCCUUGCCACGUACAAGCAAUUUUAUUCAAUUGCCCUGAUCCCGUUCUCACUUUCAGACUCCUACGGUUCAUCCCUGCUGUCAACAUAUUGAUUUGGCGUUACUUGUUUUACUUUUGUCCCUGUUUUUGGCCAAAUCAUAACGACCUUUUUGGUGUUAUUUUCUGUCGUGUAUUGAUUGUUUUUUAUUUGAUAUACCCGCGAAAUUAUACACUUAUUGAGUUGGAAACACUCGGAGAGGGAAGAAAAAGAGUGACCCUUUUGGGAGUGUUGUGAGAUCAUCAUGGAUGCUGCAGCUCUGUUGGGAGGAGAGAGUAGUGGAGGUAACUCAAGUCCCAGGUGGAGGAAUGGUGGAAGAGGGAAUUUUUUCCGGAGGGCUGAUGCGAUUGCUUAUGGAGAUCCUUAUCAGAAAGCUGCUGCCUUGGUUGAUCUUGCUGAGGAUGGUAUUGGACUACCUGAGGAAGUGCUUGAUCAAUCAAACUUCGGAAAUGCAGCGAAAUACUACUUCAUGUUCAUUCGAUUCGAUUUUCUUUGGACCCUUAACUACUUUGCUUUGAUCAUUCUUAACUUCCUUGAGAAACCAUUGUGGUGCUUCAAGUAUUCGUCGAACUCUUGUAGUGAUAGAGAGUACUUCUUCUUAGGACAGCUUCCCUACUUGACUGUUGCUGAGUCCAUCAGUUAUGAGGUGGUAACACUUGUAGUUCUGAUAGUGCACAUUUUCUUCCCAAUAUCGUAUGAAGGAUUCAAUAUUUACUGGAAAAGUCAGCUUAACCGACUGAAGGUGCUUUUGUUGCUAAUAUUGGUUGCUGAUUUAUUGGUCUUUGGUCUUUAUCUCUCUCCUGUGGCCUUCAACUAUCUCCCAUUCAGACUUGCACCCUAUAUUCGAGUUGUCUUUUUCAUCUUGAGCAUUAGGGAUCUUUGCAACAGUAUUGUUAUAUUGGCUGGAAUGCUUGGAACAUACCUUAAUGUCCUGGCUUUGUGGCUUUUGUUUCUUCUAUUCUCUAGCUGGUUGGCAUAUGUCAUCUUUGAAGAUACAGUGCAGGGGAAGACCUUAUUUUCCUCCUAUGGAAAAACAUUGUAUCAAAUGUUUGUUUUGUUUACUACAUCGAACAAUCCAGAUGUUUGGAUUCCUGCUUACAAGGCUUCCCGGUGGUAUUGCCUCUUUUUUGUUCUCUAUGUGCUUUUGGGUGUUUACUUUGUUACCAAUUUGAUCCUUGCCGUUGUCUACGAUAGCUUCAAAAGUGAGCUGGUUAAGCAAGUUUCAGGGAAGGAUCAGUUGAGGGCAAGAAUACUGCAGAAAGCAUUUAACCUGGCAGAUACCCAUGAUCUUGGAUUUCUUAACAAGGACCAGUGUGUCAAAUUAUUUGAAGAACUGAACAAAUACAGAACAUUGCCACAAAUAUCUAGAGAAGACUUUGAACUAAUUUUUGAUGAGCUGGACGAUACUCAUGACUUCAAGAUAAAUUUGGAAGAAUUUUCUGAUCUCUGCAAUGCUAUAGCACUGAGAUUUCAAAAGGAGCCAUCGGUACCUUACUUUGAAAAUUGCCCAUCGAUCUACCAUUCAGUGAUCUCUGAAAAGCUGAAGGAGUUUGUUAAAAGCGCUACAUUUGGCUAUGUCAUAGCAUUCAUUCUUCUGAUGAAUCUUGUUGCUGUCAUUAUUGAAACAACGCUUGAUAUAGAGAACAAUUCUGCUCAGGAGGCUUGGCAGAAGGUUGAAUUUGUCUUUGGAUGGAUUUAUGUCCUGGAGAUGCUGCUGAAAAUCUAUGCAUAUGGUCCUGAAAACUAUUGGAGAGAUGGCCAAAAUCGCUUUGACUGUAUUGUCACUUUGGUUAUAGUUAUAGGAGAGACAACAACAUUUGUGGCUCCAAAUGGGCUGACUUUUCUAUCAAAUGGGGAGUGGAUCCGAUAUCUUCUCAUUGCAAGAAUGUUAAGGUUAAUAAGGCUCCUGAUGCAUGUUCGACAAUAUCGAGCUUUCGUUGCUACCUUUUUGACCCUGAUACCAAGUUUGAUGCCGUACCUAGGGACCAUAUUCUGUGUGAUGUGUAUUUACUGCUCCAUUGGUGUACAGGUAUUUGGUGGGACUGUCUAUGCUGGAAACCCCAAGUUGGAGGGCACUGAACUUUAUGAGGAUGACUAUUUACUUUUCAAUUUCAACGAUUACGCCAAUGGAAUGGUUACACUUUUCAAUUUACUGGUCAUGGGGAACUGGCAAGUGUGGAUGCAGAGCUAUGUGGAUUUGACUGGAACAUCCUGGACUUAUGCUUACUUUGUCAGCUUCUAUCUUAUUUCAAUUUUGCUGCUUUUGAAUUUGGUUGUGGCUUUUGUAUUGGAGGCAUUCUUUGCUGAGAUGGAGCUCGAAGAGUCAGAGAAGUCCGAGAACAUAGAGAGCAAGAGCGAAGACGGGAAUAGUCGCAGGCGCAAUGUUGGCAUGAAAACACGGAGUCAGAGAGUAGAUAUGCUUCUCCACCACAUGCUAAGUUCUGAGCUGGAAAAACCACAACCUUCAACGGAAUCAACCGCCUAAGCAAUCUUGAUGCUCAUCCAUCCUGGAUCUUCCAAAAAUACAUAGGAGGUGGAUAGUUUUAUCGUUAGCUGAAGCUUAUUUUUGCGAAGAGCCAUGUAAAGAAGGGUUUCCUUCUGCUUGCUGAGAAGAGAGCCUGUUGUAGCAGCUUAUCAUAUCUUUGAGAAGAGAGCCACCUUAUCAUAUCUUCUGUGUUUUUGCGUCAGUUUCUCAAGUUUUCUCAUUUUUAUAGCAGCUUUUUUUUUUGUGAGGGUGUAAGAUCCGAGGGGUUGGUUAUUGAGCUGUUUUAUAUUGUACUCCCUCCGGUCCUUAUUAUAAAGCAUUUUGACUUUUUCUAAGUUUUUCCUUGUACGUAUUUUUUAUUGUCAAAAGAACCUUAAAAAGAAGGAUUUUUUUGUCAAUUAAAAAUGUGUUCUAGAUGAAACCUAGGACAAAUCAAAAUGGCUUAUAUUAAAGACCGAAGGGAGUGAGUAUUAUCUGUAGUUUCAACUUUUGUAUAGAGGUGUUGAAACAGGGAUCAGUGGAUGGGUGAAAGUAAAAUUGUCAAUGUAGAACAGAAGCAGCAUCAUUAGAGUGAAUGUUCUCAGUUGUCCAGUGUAUAGAGAGAUGUUACUUUGACAUUUCAGGUCAUGGGUUUUCUUUUACUUUCUGUCCAAUUCUUAUCAUGCAGAUGCCAUGAUAAGUGCAUGAACAUAAUACUUCAUGCAUACUUUACGCCAGAAUCACCAGAAACCACGAGAACACCAUACAUUAUGGCCUCACUAGUUAAAUAUCCAACGUUUGAGUUAUGGUCUGUUCAGUGGAAGUAACAGCAACAUACUAUUAGAAUUGACGUAAAAGAAUGUAAAAGUUAUGUAGAAAAGAAUGUACAACCAUCCUUCUUCUAAACUACAUAUCUUUUCAGAAGAUGUACUCCCUCUGUUCCAUAAUUAUUGUUCAGUUUAGGUUUUUAUUUUUAGUUCAAAUUGUACUAAAAGUGAAAUCUCAAACUCGACAGUAAUUUUGGGACAGAGGGAGUAAAGAAUGUAAACUUCUUAUUGUUUUGUUGCUGUGGUUAGACAGCGGAACAAACCAAAGUUGCCACGAAUGACCUAAUGAAAAAAGUUAAACUAAAAAAAAAAAAGCCUAAUAUAUACACUUUGAAGGAUGGAUUAGGUUUAAGAGAGAUUGCAUAUUUGCUAAGAAAGUGAUUUGAAAUCCCAACCUCUUUAACAUGAGCUAUAUAUAUACUCUUCCGCUCUAAAAUUAUUGUUUCAGUUUGAAUUUUUAUUUUUUAUUCAAUUACUAAAACUGAAAAUCCAAACUGAACUGACAAUAAUUUUAGGCAGAGUAUAUAAUUGGCCAUAAACUUUCAAAGAGCAGUGAUGGCAAUUUUAGCAGCAAUCUUGAGAAUGCUGCGAGCUCGGUACAAGCCGGCCAGAGCGAUCCCCCAUUUAGACCACUUGUGAAACGUCUUCCCGGCGGCGUAAAUGUGCAUCACCUUCUCCACCUUACUUUCCCCUGCCAUCGCUUUGGUUAUGGCUUUCUGAAGCUUCCCUGGCGCCAAAUACCUGCCUUUUGGAUCCAUAACCACGCAUCGCGCCAUGAAAUUCGCAAUCCCGUCUACCACGUCUCCCUCGCUGACAAUUACAUAAUCCUCUGUUCCAAUUUCAUCAUCAUCCUCCACGGAAGAAACAGGGAGUUGAUGUCCACACUCGCCGGAAUCCUUCAAUUCUUUUUGAAUAUCAGGCGGGCAAGAUUCCAGGAGUUUGGGCUUUUGUUCUUCCAAUAAAAUCCUGAGGCGACAAUUCUCUGCCCGCAGGGAUUCCAAUUCCUUGUCGUCCUUGGUCUUCUCCGCCGCCGGCGCCGCCGGCGCCGCCGUUGUAUGGUGGCGGUGGUGGAGGUUAUGGUGGCGGCAUCCCUCAACGGCCGUCCAUGUAAAGUCGGCGACUUCCAACGCGGUCUUCGCCACCUCCAACGGAGCGGCGCCCACCAUCGAAAUCGAAGAAAGAAAUCAGAGUUCCCGUACGAAUUGAUGGUUUCAAGGGUUCUUUUGGUUUGAUGAUUGAUGACGAUGAAUAAUAUUACGGCCAAUUAUAUGGAAGAUUGCGAAAUCCUAUUGCGAUUCAAACUCCUUUAUUUUCUUUUUCCCUUCGAAAACUGAAAACCAUUUUGGCG